UAUAAGAAUUUUCGGAGAGGAAGAAGAUUGCUCUCAUCUCCUUGGCUAUGUUAUUCGUUUUAGAAAUUGGAUGGAAAGGCAGCCAACAAGACUUUGCACUGCUGAAGAAACGGGCUUGUCAACGUUACUUGGCGGGAAUAUGAAGGGUGAGGAUCAGUCAAGGUCUCUGUUUGGGAUUUCACUUUCUGAUAGACCUUUAUGGCAACAGUUCCUUAUUUGUUCUUCUGGGUUUUUCUUUGGUUAUCUUGUUAAUGGCAUUUGCGAGGAAUAUGUGUAUAAUCGGCUUCAAUUCAGCUAUGGCUGGUAUUUCACUUUUGUACAAGGAUUUGUGUACCUGGUGCUGAUAUAUUUUCAGGGUUUCACCACCAAGCAAAUGGUGAAUCCAUGGAAAACUUAUGUCAAACUCUCUGCUGUUUUAAUGGGUUCUCAUGGUUUGACCAAAGGUUCCUUGGCCUACCUUAACUAUCCUGCCCAAAUCAUGUUCAAAUCCACCAAGGUUCUACCAGUCAUGAUAAUGGGUGCUUUCAUUCCUGGAUUGAGAAGGAAAUAUCCAUUUCAUGAAUACAUCUCUGCUCUGCUUCUAGUUGUUGGUCUUAUCCUUUUCACUUUAGCUGAUGCUCAAACUUCUCCAAAUUUUAGUACGAUCGGUGUUAUAAUGAUUUGCGGUGCUUUAAUUAUGGACUCUUUAAUGGGGAAUUUGCAAGAAGCCAUUUUUACCAUGAAUCCUGAAACAACUCAGAUUGAGGUGCUAUUUUGCUCAACUGUAGUAGGAUUGCCUUUAUUGCUCCCACCAAUGAUCUUAACAGGAGAGCUGUUUAAAGCGUGGAAUUCUUGUUCUCAACAUCCAUAUGUGUAUGGGGUACUUGUAUUUGAAGCUAUGGCCACAUUCAUCGGUCAAGUGUCAGUUUUAUCCCUCAUUGCUAUUUUCGGGGCUGCCACCACUGCCAUGAUAACAACGGCUCGGAAGGCGGUGACCUUGCUGCUUUCAUAUAUGAUAUUUACAAAGCCAUUAACAGAGCAGCAUGCUUCAGGGCUGCUGCUGAUAUCCAUGGGGAUUAUAUUGAAGAUGUUGCCGGAUAACAAACCUGCCAUUAGAAGGGCAGCCAAGCAAGAGAUGGCCCAUUUGAAAACAGAGAAAAGUCUAGUUGGUAAUGAAGAAGACGAAGAGAAAAGGCCUUUAGUAUAAAUGAUUAAAGUUGAAAGAUGAAGCUCAAUUUCAUUCUUUAUUUAUUUUUUGUUUUUCAUUUUGUUAAUUCCUUGAUUUCUCAUUACACAGAGGCAGAAAGACUAGAAAUAGUAGAAGAGAGAGAGAGAGAGAAUAGAGAAGUUACGUUAGCCAAAAGCCAGUUGUAAUGUGUAUUUUCUGAUGACCAUGACUUGUGUUUUUAGGUUUAUUAUUGUUAAAUCAAUUACAGUAGCUCAUUCUUAGAUGGUGGCUGCUUUUUUGCU